UUUUUUAUCAUCUGGUAUUAGAGCCUGGUUCCUCUUUCAAUUGCCUUUUGUCCUUCAAUUGCCUUCAAAAGAAAUGGCCACAAACAACAAUUUAGGGAGUGUUUCGCAGCCAACCAUUCCACUCUUUAAGGGAAGUGGAUAUGAAAUUUGGAGUACUAAAAUGAGGACUUUGUUUAUGUCCCAAGACUUAUGGGACUUGGUAGAGAGGGGUUACACAGAAGCUGCACUCUCAGCAGAGGCACUCAAGGACACAAAGAAGAAGGAUGCCAAGGCGUUGUUUUUCAUCCAGCAGGGAGUGGAUGAUGCUAUCUUUCCACGCAUCUCAGCAGCAACAAAGUCAAAAGAUGCAUGGGACGCCUUGCAGAGAGGAUACCAAGGCAAUGCCAAGGUGCUUACGGUGAAGUUACAAACAGUUCGUAGAAGGUAUGAAGGUAUGGUCAUGAAAGAAGAUAGGAUGAAGAGGUACGAGGAUCCUGUGGAGAAUGCUUUCUACAGCAAGCUUCAGCUGCCCAAAAACAAAUAUGGAGGGAGCUCUUCAGAGUUUAGUAACAGAGGUGGAUUCAAUAGAGGACAAGGUGUUAUCCGAGGUGGAAGAAGAGGUCGUGGAGGUCGAUUUGGCAGCAUUAGGCAUCAACAGAGAGCCAAUGAAAGAAGUGACUACCAGAGUUCAAUUCAGUGCUUUGUUUGUAAGAGGUAUGGCCAUAUUGCUAAAGAUUGUAGAAUUAAAGAUAAGCAAGCCAAUUUUGCACAAGAAAAGGAUGAUGAAACUGAAAGCUUAUUUCUUGCUUGCUACACUGCUAAAGAAAGUGUUCCAGAUGUUUGGUAUGUGGACAGUGGCUGCAGCAAUCACAUGACAGGAAACAUUAAUCUCUUCAUUAAUCUGGACAAGUCAGUGAGCAACAAAAUAACCAUGGGUGAUGGUACCGUACGAGAAGCACAAGGAAAAGGUACGGUUAAAUUGGAUGAACAUGGCAAGAAUUGUAUAGAUGAUGUCCUGUUUGUACCUCAUUUGGAUUCUAAUUUGCUAAGUGUGGGUCAAUUUAUGAUGGAUGGAUAUUCACUUGUUUUUGAAAAUAUGGCUUGCUAUGUUUACAAAGAUGCAACUAAAAAGGAGCUUUUAAUUAAAGUUCCAAUGGCAAAAAACAAGUGUUUUCCUUUAACUCUUGACUGUGAGUCUGCAUUGAAUGUCACUUUGCAUGAUGAAAAUUGGUUGUGGCAUCAUAGAUACGGGCAUUUGAAUUUGCAGGGGUUGGUACAUUUGUCAAAACAGAAUUUAGUGCUUGGUUUGCCUAUCAUUGGACAAGUUGAUGGUGUGUGUGAAAGUUGUGUUUAUGGUAAACAUCAUCGGGAUGCUUUUCCCAAAGGAAAGGCGAGAAGAGCUUUGAAACCUGCUGAGUUGAUACAUGCAGAUGUUUGUGGGCCAAUGAAUACUUUGUCUCUCAACAAAAGCAUGUAUUUUAUUGUCUUUGUUGAUGAUUUUAGUAGACUGACAUGGGUUUACUUUGCUAAAGAGAAGUCAGAUGCCUUCCUAAUCUUUAAAAAAUUCAAAGCUCUUGUUGAAAAGCAAAGUGGGUGUUCAAUCAAAGUUCUGUGGAUAUAUCAAGGUGGGGAAUUUGUUUCAGUUGAAUUUAACAAAUUUUGUGAAGAUUUCGGCAUCAAAAGGCAGUUGAUAGCAAGCUAUAUGCCUCAACAGAAUGGGGUAGCUGAAAGGAAAAAUAGAAGCCUUGUGGAGAUGGCAAAAGGCAUGUUGAAAGCUAAAGGUCUUCUAAACAGUUUCUGGGCAGAAGCAAUUCACACUGCAGCUUAUAUUCAGAAUUGUAGUCCCACAGUAGCUUUGCAUCAUCAAACUCCUUUCGAAGCUUGGCAUGGCUGGAAGCCUAAGGUAACUCACUUUAAAAUUUUCGGGUGUCUAGCUUAUGUCCAUGUUCCAUCUCAAAAAAGGACAAAAUUUGAAGAAAAUAGUGUGAAGUGCAUUUUUCUUGGUUAUAGUGAUGAAACUAAAGGUUACAGAUUUUAUAAUCCUAUUACCAAGAAGUUACUAAUCAGUCGUGAUGUGAUUUUUGAUGAGAACAAUUCAUGGAAUUGGAAUGAGAAGAAAAGUCCAGGUUUUGUGUUGGUUGAUGGCAUUUUGGAGGUUGAUCCAAUCAUGACAGAAGGUGAAAUGGGUGAAGGUCAAAGUUCCUCUACACCUAACAGUGGCAGCAGAUCAUGUCCAUCCUCUCCUGAGACACCUCCAGCUCCAAGGAAAGCAAGGAGAGUAAGAUCCUUGGUGGAAAUCUAUGAACAAACUCAAAGGUGUCAAAUGGCACAUGUUGAGGAGCCUAGCUGUUUUGAGGAAGCAAUGGAGAACAAAAAAUGGUGCAAAGCUAUGGAUGAGGAAAUGGAGGCCUUGGAAAGAAAUCAAACAUGGGAGCUUGUGGAUUUGCCUAAAGACAACAAAGUUGUAAGUCUAAAGUGGGUAUACAAGACCAAGUACAAUUCUGAUGGGUCAGUUCAUAAACACAAGGCUCAGUUGGUUGCUAGAGGUUAUAUGCAGCAAGAAGGUGUGGAUUUUGAUGAGACUUUUGCACCGGUUACCAAGUUUGAUACUAUUCGAACUGUUUUAGCUUUAGCUGCUCAAUAUAAAUGGUCUGUUUUUCAAUUUGAUGUGAAGUCAACCUUUUUGAAUGGAUUCUUGGAGGAAGAUGUCCAUGGAUUUCAUAAAAGUCCAAGUGAGCCUACUUUGUAUGUUCAGACAAGAGGUGGAGAUGAGGUACUGUUAGUGUGUCUUUAUGUUGAUGAUUUAAUAUACACUAGCAAUAGCUCUUUUUUGUUGAAAGAAUUUAGAAGAAUGAUGGUUAAUGAGUUUGACAUGACUGACUUGGGUUUAAUGAGAUAUUUUUUGGGGCUGGAAGUGGUUCAAAAUGGUGAGGGAAUUUUUAUUUCCCAAGAGAAAUAUGGUAAAGACCUCCUUAAGAAGUGCAUAAUGGAAGAUUGCAACUCAGUGGGAACUCCAAUGGUUUCUAAUCAAAAGUUCAAUCUGGAUGAUGGAGAAGAAAAAGUUGAUGCUCAUGCCUAUCGUAGCCUUAUUGGGAGUCCUCUUUAUCUCACAAACAGCAAGCCUGAUAUUGCUUUUGCCACUAGUGUGCUAUCUCGUUUUAUGCAGAGUCCAAGCAAGACACAUUAUGGAGCAGCGAGGAGGAUUCUAAGAUACUUGAAAGGGACAAUCUCUUUUGGCAUUUUAUAUGCCAAAAAUGACCAAUUUAAUUUAUUUGGGUACUCUAACAGUGAUUGGGCAGGUUGUGUUGAUGACCGGCGUAGUACUUCAGGUUAUGCUUUCUUUUUGGGGUCCGAUGCUAUCUCUUGGAGUUCAAAGAAGCAAGCCUCCAUAGCUUUGUCAUCUUCAGAAGCAGAACAUAUCUCCUUAAUAGCAGCAGCUUGUCAAGCCACAUGGACAAGAAGAAUUCUGGAGGAUAUGAAGCAAUUACAAGUGCAGCCAACAAAAAUAUUUUGUGAUAAUCAAUCGACCAUUGCGAUGAAAAAAAAUCCAGUAUUCCACAGUCGAACUCGUCACAUUGAGACUCGGCACCAUUUCAUAAGGGAGUUAGUGGCGAGUGGAGGCGUGGAAGUUGUUCACUGCAAUUCAAAGGAUCAAGUCGCUGACAUCUUUACAAAGCCACUUCCUUUGGAUAAGUUUGGAUCAGAUAAAUCUUUAACUGAGCGUUAUGCUGAUGUAAUUUUUCCGAGGAAAGUUAGAAACUCACUGGCUUCUGUCAUGGAAAGUGUCCGGAGAGGGGUUGAGAUGGGUUCUGAAAGGAUCAAAAGCUUCAGAAAACCUACGAACUUACAGUCUUCUCGUAACAAGUCAGAAAAAGAUUCAGGUUCUUGGAAGAAAAUUCUUAAUCCACAGGGAUCUUUCCUUGAAAACUGGAAUAAAAUAUUUCUCCUAGCCUGUAUAAUUGCUUUGGCAUUGGACCCUCUUUUCUUCUACAUCCCAGUGGUUCUGAAUAAGAAAAAGCUAAAAUGCCUCGACCUGGAUGAAUAUCUGGAAAAAAUUGCGUGUGUCCUUCAUACAUUCAUGGAUGUCUUCUAUAUAAUUCACAUGAUCUUUCAAUUCCGAACUGGGUUCAUUGCCGCUCCUUCUAGAGUCUUUGGUAGGGGUGACUUGAUUGUUGAUCCUUGGGCUAUUGCAAAGAGGUACUUGUUCACAUACUUCAUCAUUGACGUCCUGUCAAUUCUUCCGCUUCCACAGCUUGUAAUUUUGCUUGUCAACCGUUCAUCGAACGGCCAGCCGGAUACAUUUGUAAUGAAGGAAUUGUUGACAUACAUUGUCAUCUGUCAAUAUGUACCAAGAAUUCUUCGAAUUGUUCCCCUUUAUAUAGAAGUUACACGAACUUCAGGCUUUCUCACUGAAACUGCUUGGGCUGGAGCUGCUCUGAAUCUAUUCCUCUACAUGCUUGCCAGCCAUGUAAGGCAGAAUCUGAAAACAAGCACUUUUGUUUGGGAGAUUAUCUUUGCUGUUGUCAUUUCCAUUGCUGGACUGGUUUUGUUUGCAUUACUUAUUGGCAACAUGCAGAAAUAUCUGCAGUCAACAGGAGUAAGGGUUGAAGAAAUGAGAGUCAAAAGAACAGAUGCAGAGCAAUGGAUGAAACAUAGAAUGCUACCGGAGAACCUAAGGGAAAGAAUCCGGCGGUAUCAACAGUUUAAAUGGCAACAAACUAGAGGGGUUGAAGAAGAGAGUCUAAUUAAUUGCCUUCCAAGAGAUCUCAGGCGAGACAUAAAGCAUCAUCUUUGCUUGGAUUUGCUCAUGAGAGUACCCAUGUUUGAGAAAAUGGAUGAGCAGCUGUUAGAUGCAAUGUGUGAUCGUCUCAAACCGGUACUUUACACUGAAAAAAGCUACAUUGAAAGGGAGGGGGAUCCGGUGGAGGAGAUGCUGUUUAUAAUACGAGAAAAUUUGGUCAGCACCACCACCAACGGCCGAAUAACUGGCUUCUUCAAUGCUGUUAAUCUCAAAGCCGGUGACUUUUGCGGAGAAGCACUUCUUACUUGGGCCUUGGAUCCUCAGUCCUCCUCUUAUUUACCCAUCUCCACCAGAACCGUACAGGCUUUGUCCGAAGUGGAGGCCUUUGCUCUGUUAGGUGACGACCUCAAGUUCGUCGCCUCCCAGUACCGUCGUCUCCACAGCAAACAGCUCCAGCACAUUUUCAGAUUCUACUCCGUGCAGUGGAAGACAUGGGCGGCCAGCUUCAUACAGGCAGCCUGGCGGCGGUACUGCAGGAGGAAGUUUCUUAAAUUGUUACGGGAAGAGGAAGCUAGGCUGCAGAAUGCUCUGGCUGAUGACUCCGGCGUGAGCGUUGGCGCCUCGAUUUACGUGUCGAAAUUUGCAGCCAAUGCGUUGCGAAGCUUGCGACAGGAUGAGGCUCCAACCCGCAGAAUGCCGGAGCGACUGCCACUGCUGCCUCAGAAGCCGGCGGACCCUGAUUUUACUGCUGAUCAAGACCACUAAAUGUUAAUUCUCUGUUUUCUCAAUUUCUGUUUCAUAUGUGCUUGGAUAAAUUUGGAAGAAUCUGUAUAAUGUUGUGCUUAGUAUAAUGGCUUAAUGUAAACAUGUUUGUUCAUCUCAAGAAUUUCCAGAAGGAAAAGAAAAAAAGAAGUUAUUU